AUGAUCAGAAGCACAGAUUUGGAUUCCUUUGUUUGCUGCGCUGUAUGUUCAAAAAUAAUUCCACCGCCACCUUCUAACGCUACUUUUGAUCGGAUUCGGGAGUACAAACCUUUCAGGACACGGUACUACACUCAUCGUGAUAUACUGGAGAUUGGUGCAAGCAUUCAACAAGAGGAGCGUGAAAGGAAGGAAGCAGAGAUACAAGAACGCAUUGAGAAAAUGAAAGCUGAGCUUUGGUCUCAGGCUGAACAGUACAAAGAAGAUGCAGUGGAUAAAGCUCUCACGGAGGCAACUGCUAACUACAGUGUGUGUGUACAAGACCUUAAACUAAAAUUUGAGAAGGAAAUAAGGGAAGUGGUGAGGAAGGCAAAGGCAGAGAUGAAGGAGUACAUGGAGGAGGAGAAGAGGAGAGAGACUGAAGCCGUAGAGAAGCACAUGGCUCACAAGCUCCAGUGUGCCCUGCUGGAGUGUGCCAAGGAGAAGAUGCAAGCCGUGGCCGAAGCCAGGAAGCAGGAGAGGGAGGUGGCACUGAGUGAGGCGGCCAUGCAGCACAGAAAGCACAUAGAGCAGCUCAAAGAAGAAAGCAUGUUAGCUGAGGAACUAUAUCGUAAGACUGUAGAGCAAUUAAACAAAGGCAAAUGUAAUGAGAUGAACGUUGCCCUGAGUAUCAAACAAAAAGAGAAUCAGAUUGAAAUGGAAAAACAGAUGAAAGAAUUGAAGACUGUACAUCUUGAUGAACUGGAAAAGGUGAUGAUUACGCUGAGAACAGCUGAAGACCAGGUAAAGGCUCUUGAACAAAAACUGGAAAGGAUGAGAGCUUGGAAGGACAGCCUGGAAACUGAAAUACAAGCAACAAGACAAGCUUUUCAAAAAUAUAUUGAUGCAACCUUUCCUAACCUGUCCCCAGGACAAGCAGAUUUUAUUCUGCCAUUCAGAACAACAUUUGAACCAAAGGACAUCCCAAAAGAGGCAGAAGGCAAUGGCAAUGAAUGUAAGAGACCUGGCACUGAGAGUAUGAGGGUCACAGCCAUGAGUAAACAGCACUUCAAGUAG